UGCACAAAGACAACAAAUGUAAGUCCUAAACCAAAACAUGAAAUGCAUGACCCAUCUUUCCUCCAACAUAAUUUGACAUUCUAAACUCUCUUUUGAAACAAUGAGACUACCACAAACAAAAGAUUUCAUCAGUGAGUGAACCUUACAAUGUCUUUAACAGAGCGAGUCUUUAAUCACCUUUCUCUCUUCGAUGUAUCUAUUGCGUUGUUAGGGCUGUUUGUUUUCUGUUGCCUGCGUGAGAAGUUAACUAACAAGCACGGGCCAAUGCUGUGGCCAGUGUUUGGCAUUACUGUAGAGUUUUUCCUUCAUAUAAAUGAUGUCUAUGGAUGGGUCACAAAGUCUUUAAAAAAAUCCCGAAACACGUUUCUUUACCGCGGAUUCUUCCUUGAUGGAUCUUAUGGAGCCGUGACUUGUUCUCCUGCCAAUGUUGAGUACAUGCUCAAGACCAACUUUAAGAACUACCCCAAAGGUACCUUCUUCAAAGACCGGUUCAAAGAUCUCCUCGAGGAUGGUAUCUUUAACGCCGAUGAUGAGUCAUGGAAAGAGCAACGAAGGAUCAUCAUAACCGAAAUGCAUUCAACUCGGUUCAUGGAGCAUUCCUUUCAGACGACACAACGUUUAGUAAGCAAGAAGCUGUUGAAGGUGAUGGAGAGUUUCGCUAGUUCACAAGAAGCUUUUGAUCUCCAAGACGUGCUCUUGCGCUUGACGUUUGACAUCAUCUGCAUCGCGGGUCUAGGAGAUGACCCGGAGACUCUAGCUCAAGAUCUUCCUCAAGUUCCAUUUGCUAAAGCUUUUGACGAAGCAACGGAGUCUACGUUGUUUAGGUUCAUGAUCCCGCCAUUUAUAUGGAAACCAAUGAAGUUUUUGAACAUAGGGUAUGAGAAAAGUCUAAGAAACGCUAUUGACGUCGUGCAUGGCUUUGUGAACAAGAUGAUAAUGGAUCGUAUCUGCAUGCUUAAGGAUGAUGAGACGUUAGAUAAUAGAUCUGAUGUCCUUACAAGGAUUAUUCAGAUAGCGAGUCAUAAAAAAGGUAACGAGAUUGGUCCUUCAACCAUUAGGUUUUUUAGACAGUUUUGCACAAGUUUCAUCUUAGCUGGGCGUGACACAAGUUCUGUUGCGCUUUCAUGGUUCUUCUGGGUGAUACAAAGACACCCACAAGUUGAAAACAAAAUCAUCCACGAGAUCAGAGAAAUCAUGAAACAGAGAGGAGAUCCUUCAGACAGUAGUCUCUUCACGGUCAGAGAACUAAACAACAUGGUGUAUCUUCAAGCAGCAAUUUCAGAAACCUUAAGACUUUACCCACCAAUCCCAAUGGAGAUGAAACAAGCCAUUGGAGAUGAUGUGUUUCCAGAUGGGACAUUUAUAAAAAAGGGUUCAAGGGUUUACUUCUCUAUCUAUGCCAUGGGAAGGAUGGAAUCAAUAUGGGGGAAAGACUGUGAAAUGUUCAGACCAGAGAGGUGGAUCCAAGGAGGGAAGUUUGUCAGUGACGACCAGUUCAAAUAUGUUGUGUUCAAUGCUGGACCUAGGCUUUGUAUAGGGAAAACAUUUGCUUACUUGCAAAUGAAGAUGAUAGCUGCUUCAGUCUUGUUGAAGUACUCAAUCAAGGUUGCCCAAGAUCAUGUGGUUGUCCCGAGAGUUACGACUAACUUGUACAUGAAGUACGGUCUUAAGGUGACCAUCACGCCAAGGUUGCCGGAAGAGAAGAAACUAGAGUCAUGUUUCAUGUAGAAAACAUUUUAGAUUUUACUUACUCAGUUUUUAUGAUUAAUAGUUAAUACUAAUCCUACAAUAAAAUCAUCUUUUGAUUUUUUACUAGUCUAUUAAUGAGAAACGUAUAAACUUGUUUUGGAGCAGCUAA